CACAGUUCUACCCAAAAUUAUCUUCUUCUAAGCCGGUUAUAACCCAGCAAAAAAUGCGGCCCGAGCUAAAUCCGCAGCUAAAUAGCAACGAAACGCCACGCGCGAAUCCGUGUCAGUUCAGUACGUUCAAAUCAUCGCCGGCCCGAGUGGCGCCGGACAUUGCGAGCCCCCUGGACAUUGGGGGCCUGAAUUUAGGCCCCCGCGAAACCACUUCUCCGAGCAAUAAUCGUGCGAACUGCACCGCCACGCCCCGUGACUAUUCAUCGGUGACUAACAGAUUGGCUGAUGGCGAGGCUAGCCCGAAUCCAUCGUCGUUUCGUCAGCCCGAUAAACAGAGUUAUUUUUUUCAGUCGUAUAAAACCGAGAAAAACUUCGAGAUGAUGAUGAUGUUCGAUCGUCCUGUUCACGACGAAAAGAAAAAAGUCGACCACGGGGACGAUGUCGCGGCAUCCGGUGGCUCGUUGAAUUGUUUCAGUAGCGUAGAGAAGGAGAGAGGAGGCGAUCACGACGAGAAGAGGUUGCAAAGGGGUUGCACGCUCGGGGCAGGCCGCCAUCCCCACAACUCCACCCACGACGCCCGCCGGGAUUCCGGCAACGUGGAAUUCCUUGAAAAGGAGGGCGAGAUUUUCAAGAUAAGCAGCAGCGAGUUGCUGCAAGACGCCAAAAAGAAGCGAAACUUCUCCUUCAGUAAUAAGGAGAAGACCCACAGAAGUUUAGAAUCGUUGGAAAGGAGCAUAGAUCUGUCUGCUAAAGAUUCGAAAAGCUUGGAUCUGUUGUUCGAGGAACGGUCGAAGGCAUUUUUUCACGGGAAGCAAAGAAGCCUGGAUUCUUCCCAGAAGUCGAAAAAGUCCAUGGAUUCGUCCGCCAACAAAGCGCGAAAGCGGCCGAAUUUCUUUCAACGUGUUCGAAGAAGCUGGCAUUUUUUACUCAUGCAGCGCAGAAUCAAGCAACGAAAUAAAUAUGAACGGCCGCUGAGCGGCCGGGAAAAGUGCGAAUAUUUUUUGCGUCGACUCCAUAAAAAUGAUUCUCUGUCCGACCAUGAUUCGAUCCGUCAUUCGCGGGCAGAGUUGAAUCUAAGUUUUUUGUCCAAACCCGAUGACGAUGCGAAGAAGGAUGAAUCGAUCUCGAACGAGAAAAAAGAUGAGAAAGAAGCUAAAGUUGUGAUGGAGGAGGAUGCUAUAAUUGUAAUGGAGGAUGUUAAAUUUCGCGUAAUGGAUGAGGAAAAUAAAUUACCCGAUGGAGGAGGAGAUGUCGUUGAUAAGCCACCGGAAGAAAAUGAUGAAAAGCCCCCGUUGGUCACUGAGAAUGAUAUCGCACAAAAAUUACAAGAAGUGAUAGGGACUGAAAAGAAAGAGCAUAUCGUUGAUUGGGUGGUCACCAUAGCAAAUUUAGAUGCUUUGAGUCAUGCCACCCGUUCCAACGAAUCUGUCAGUUAUGGUAUAUUGCACGGUACCCUUGGUAUAUUGAAGGGUAUCCUUUUUGAUAUUUUUCUCUGUGUAUGCAUCUAAUAUUAUUUUUGUACGCAACUUAUAUUUAUCAGAGAUCUUACAUCACGCAUAAGCACGCGAUGAGCAACUUUUGUUAUUCAUAUUGAUAUGUUUUUUUCGUAUGUUGUUAUGCCAAUUUUUUUUCACACCUUUCAUUCACUGUGUCAGGGUCGAUAAGGGUUACAAUCUCCACUCUUUCUAGUUUCACUCACGGGGACAGGUGAGAAUUAUGACGUUGGAUAUCACAAUGAACAAAUAUUACUGAAGCUACUGUUGCACCAAUAGCACUUCUAUUGUUUAGAAUUAAGAUUAAUUCUACCUUUUCUCAUGACCUGGAAAAAAAAACAUCGACAUUGCAAGCCACGUACUAUUAUACUCGUCGGGUUGUGUCAUAGAACCUGUUUCAAGGUAUCCCGUUUCUAAACUUCGCGAGCUUUCACAACACUGCUACACAGUAUACGAAUAUUUUUUUACAAAAAAAAUUAUAGAGAAUAUCCUUUAAGAGCGCACAAAAAUGUAAUCGUUAGAUUUGUUAUUUUGUAUCGUUGAAUUUUUUCGAUCUCUUACAACUAUUUUUAAGAUAAAGUAUUUUUAUUGUGUAUUACUGCCAUUUUCAAAUCUCUUUAAAAAAAAAGCUAAAUAUUUUUUGAUACUUUCUACUUUUUCAUAUAUAUAUCCGCCAGCCACAAAACCCACCGUUAACGAAUCUUUCUUCCGAUUCGAUGUAUAAAUCUCGUUUUCAAAAUUGUUAAGUGAGAAAAAAAAAAAAUAAUAUGUGGACCCGUCCAACAUGUUUUGACUAAUAAAAUGCCUUUGAAAAGAAACGCCUUUAUAUAUUAAUGACUGAUUAAACGUAGUAAGCGACGAACGAUCUUCGUCGGAUGUACAGAGAGCCAAAAAAAAAAUAAAAACUAUCGAAUGGCAUAACAACGUACAGAUAUAGUCGAUUCGCGGAAAAAAAGGUGUAACUCUCUUAAUUAACGAGAUAUGCAUUCACCAAGUUUAUAUAUUUUCAUAUAAUCGUAUUACAUAAUAUUACCAAAUACUCGCGCAUCGUGGCGUAUAUAUAUAUAUAUAUAUACAUAUAUAUCUUUAUUAUAGCGAGAAAAUAAUGCGACUGAAACAUUUCAACGAUAUCUAUUCGGAUGACAUAUUUACUUCGUCUCCUAUCGAUAUGUUUAUUAUGAGUCAAGAACACGUGAUGCUUUUAUUCUAUCAUAUGCGAACAUUUCUGAAACGUUUCUGUGUAUAUGAAACGUAAAUUAUUUGAACAAAUGUCCUUCGAAAUAGAAUUUGUGAGAAACGAAAAGUACGUUCGUCAAACGUGUUGCAUUUCAUAUUCUCGACGUAACGCGAUUCGAGGGCGCUGUUGUAUAUCUGCACAAUGAACAGGAUUUACAUCCAUGAAAGGAAUAUUCGAGCAUACUUCUAGUAAAUUUUUAUAUCGUCGAAAGUUAGUUUUGUAAAAGUGUUAUUUCCUCCCCCCCUUUUUUUUUUCUUUUUAAUCGUUACAUUAUUCUAGCAUUAUUCGCUAGAAAAAUUCGAAACGCAAUUUAUAAUGGUAUUCGAUCGUAUCAAGUGUCAUGGAAAUUUCAAAAUUCGCCUUAACACUUCGAUUAAUAUUUCAAAUUGUUAUUAUUUCGUUUACAAACGCGAUAAAUCAUCGAAACUUUGCUCGAGCAAAUAA